UGACCCAACGGGGCCUGUGAGCUUACCCAGAAUGCCUGCAGUGACCAUGUGUCCUUCCCCUCCACCUCUUCGUCAGCAUCCCUGUCUUCUCUUGGUGAAGGUACCCUGCUUUCCCCUCUUAUCAAGGACACAGUCCCCUCCCCCAUUACCAGGUCCUCAUCUCUGCCAGCUGCUGGGUGGCCUCAUGACAAGGCUGCUGGUGACUGAAGCGAAGACCGUGGAUGAGACUCUCGAAGACGACAGCACAAAGCGAGAGGAGAAGAGAACCUGCGACCACUCCUGGUGGUUGGUGGUUCUGUGUGCGGAGAACAGAGAAGGGGGAAGACCAGGAGGGUCCCGCGGGGCCCUGGACUCCAGUGGAAGAGCCUGCGUCAAGGAAGAGGAAGUGGCCAACACUGGCACGAUACCUCGGAGCCACAGGAGGUCAUCUGCUGAGCCUCCGCAUACCGUGCAAGAAUGUUCAGAGGACCUCAGCUCCCGGGUGAUGUUGUUUGAUGGCUCAGGACGUCUGUCUCCGUCUCAGUUCAGGAACUCUUCACGGACACCCGCUAUGUAUAAACUGCCAUGCUUUGUGCCGGGCGUAACCAUACUUUCCACAGCUAUGUGUGAUCUCAGUGUGGUGGUUUUGAGAAUCCUGAGUCAGAAAGACCAAAGGUGA